AGAUGGCAGAAAGUCCUAUUGUGCAGAGGUAUUCUGCAGACAUGGGCUCAUUCGAUAUUGGGGACACCAAAGUGCAGCAUUUUGGCCUCCUCAUGAAAAGGCCAUUUGGCCACAAGUCUGCAAGAUGGCAGAAAAGGUUCUUCAUUGUAAAAGAAGGAUUUUUGUUGUACUACAACGAGUCUGAGAGCAAGAUAUUUGAGAAGUCCCAUCAUUUCAAUAUCCACCCUAAGGGAGUGAUUCCAUUGGCCGGCUGUGAAGUGGAGCAAACUGUCAAUGGACCGCAGAAGUAUGCCAUCAAAAUCACCAACAGCCACUUUGUAGGUGAGAUCUGGGUAGGGGCGGAGACGUACGACAAUGGAAUAGAGUGGGUUAAAGCUCUGAAGGAAGCUGGCACUGUUACAUGGCGUAAUGCCCAGCUAGGUGACAGAGUGAUAAUGCAGUUAGAGGAAAAGAGCAAGCAAAUGUCUGAAGAAAUGGAUACAGCCAUUUCUAACCUCAACAAAGAGGCGUCUGACCUUGAGGUUGAAAAAGGGCGAAAAGCUGAGUUAGAAGCUCUGGCAGCCAAAUUGGAGGAGGAGAAAAAAUCGAUUGAGGAGGCCGCCAAGAACCUCAGAUUGGAGAAGGACACAGCAGAUCAGGAACUGCAGCAGACGCUGGCGUCUAUGCAGCACAUCCAGCUGGAGAAAGAUACUCUGAGCAAGAAGACAGAGGACCUGGAGAAGAACCUUCAGUCUGUGUCUGAGGAGCAAGAAAAGACAGCUGCUGAACUUCAAGAGAGGGAGAAAAUGGCAAAAGAACUAGAGGAAGAAAAGAAGAUGUUAGAAGAUGUCACCUCCAACCUGAAGGGAGAUCUCACUUCACUUGAGGAGAAGCAGAGAAUGACUGAAGAAGAGAAAAUGGUUACUGAAGAGAGGUUGAAGUCCCAGGAGUUGACAGCCAAAAAACUUGAGAUUGAGAAGAAACAAAUAUCUGCUACAGCUCUUGGUCUGCAGGCUAACCUAGAGCAAGUAUCGCAUGAGAAGCAAUUGACUGAGACCAAGUGGAAGGAGGAGAAGAAGAGGAGGAUCAACACAGAAAAGAGACUACGACUAGCAGAAGAUUCCCUCAAGAGGUUGGACAGAGCUCUCAGAGACAGUGGAGUGCAGAUUGACUUACAAAUUGAGACUGAUGUGAAAAACCUAAAAGAUUUCUUUGAGGAGUGCAUCAAAGAAAAGCAAUACGAAGCACAGAAGCUUGACAUUAUGAAAGAUGCCGUCAGAGCAAAGGUCUUCUAUAGUGAACAAACUGAAUGCCUAAAUGGUCACUCGGGAGACUCUCGUGAACUUUCACCUCUCCCUGACGAUAGCCAAUCCAGUAUCACUCAGAACGGAGAGACAGUUUGACAGACUGAUAUAGCUAUUAGAACUGUCUACUUUAAGUGUGUGGUGAACAUUCUCCUCCAAUUUUAGCCUCUAUAAAUAUAGUACUAUCUGCUGCUGAUUAAUCUAUUUUGAAG